UUCUCCUUCCCUCACCAGGAGGAGGCGUGGAAGGUCCUCAAGAGGAGCCGGGCAUGUCCUAACACAUCCAGGCGGACCAGCCUACCAAACCUCUUUAGGACGGAAUAAAUGAGACGCGUUGUCUCGGCUGUCGUUAUUUAUGACGCAGCCGGCGCGUCGUCCCGCACGGUAACUCACGAGUCGCGUCUGCUUAAUGCAUCACAUCGCGGCAUCACCGCCGACAUCCCGCGGCUCUGUCUGAGGACCUUGGGCUCAGUGUCGCCAUGUCCUUCCCGGCCAAAGUGAUGCGCGACGGGCAGCUGGAGAAGCGCAGCAGCGGGCUCCUCCAGCUGUGGAAGAAGAAGCGCUGCGCGCUCACCGAGGACGGUCUCCGCCUGCGCGACUGCAAAGGCGGCGGUGAUGCUGCUGCUCCGACCUUUGCUUGGAGCUCCAAAGCCAAGGAGCUCCGCUUCGAGCGCAUGGCCACUGUGGAUUGCGUGGAGUACAAGCGGGGGCUGGUGUAUUUCACCGUGGUCAUGGCUACGGGGAAGGAGAUCGACUUUCGGUGUCCGCAGGAGGGCACGGCGUGGAACGCGGAGAUCGCCUUGGCGCUGGUGCGCUAUAAGAACCUGCAGGCCGUGCAGACGGGACGGAACAGGCGCCUGUCCGGCGCACACCUGGGCAGCACAGGAGAGGAUGAGGAGCUCUGAGCUGCUGCUGCUGCUGGAUGGAGGUUUUCUACUUUUGGGGAGGUGAACCAAUCAAUCAGAAAGGGGGGGGGGGGGGA